AUGGCUGACACAACGGAGCUGCAGUUACCAUCGUCGCUACCCUAUCCGUUAGUGGUGACGAGAGUGACAAUGCAUCCGGGCCAGUUGCUCAAGAAACACACCACGGUGAUCACGUUUAAGUACUGGGAGAUGGAGCCAAUUCCUCUGGGCGAAGUAGAGGAAGAGGACAGCGACGAGUCAAGUCGUCAAUUGGUUAAGGUUGAGUCGGUUGGAACUUUUGAGUCGCCGAUUGAAGGUGAGAUCCAGCAGGUGUUUGUCAAUGUUGGAGACGAAAUUGCAAACGCGCGACAUACGAUUGCCAAUAUUCUCGAGGCUUGUACCCACCCGAUUCAAUAUGGAGGGCUAUGUGCUAUGUGUGGACAAUCUGUGGAGGACGAGGACUAUUCCGGAUACUCGAACCGGGAUAGGGCGCCGAUUUCGAUGUCGCAUGGAACUGCCAAUUUGAAGGUUUCUAAAAGUGAGGCCGAAAAGAUCGAAACUGAUUCUACCAAACGACUGAUUAACGAGGGUAAGCUUAUUUUGGUGGUGGAUUUGGACCAGACGGUUAUCCACGCAACCGUUGACCCAACUGUUGGCGAAUGGAGACAAGAUCCCACCAACCCAAAUUACGAAUCGCUCAAAAAUGUUAAGUCUUUCUCAUUGAAAGAGGAUAUCAUUCUUCCAUCCAGCUACACUGGACCAAAACCUGCGCCCAAUAUCCGCUGGUAUUACGUGAAGCUACGGCCUGGUUUGGAGGAGUUCUUAGAGAAAGUAUCCAAGAUGUAUGAAUUGCACAUCUACACGAUGGCCACCAGGGCGUAUGCUAAAUCAAUUGCCAAGCUUAUUGACCCCGAAGAAAAGUAUUUUGGAGACAGAAUCUUAUCGCGAGAUGAAAGCGGCUCUCUGACCCAGAAAUCGCUGAAGCGACUGUUUCCCGUUGACACUUCGAUGGUGGUGGUGAUAGACGACCGUGGCGACGUUUGGAAUUGGAGCCCCAAUUUGAUCAAAGUUGUUCCAUACGACUUCUUUGUAGGUAUUGGGGACAUCAAUUCAAGUUUUCUGCCUCGUCAAAAUGCGUUGCUAGGUCCUUCCAAAAAGAAAAAGUCGGUAGCGGAUCUGGAGGACCAGCUGAAUGCGGCCAAAUCUUCCCAAGAAGGAGCUGGCACGUCUGCUGAGCGCGCCAGCUCUGAGAAUGAUGAAAGUGCUGGUUCCGAAUCGUCAUCAGAUGAAAAGGAAUCACCAGAGCCCAGUGCGCAUUCUGAGAGCGGGGUAGAAGAGCCGGCCAAAGAGGACGAAGAAGAUGUCGAGUCACCUGUUGACAGGAUCAUGGCCAUUGCACACGAGGCUCAAGACUCAGUUCUUCUUGUGGCACAGGCUACUGAGAGGACUGCUUCUCUUGAGCAGCAAGAGCAAGACCGCCCACUUGCAAAGCUGCAACACGAUUUGGACAAGAUCAUCAAGGACGAAGAGGAUUCCGACUCUGAGAACGGUGCCACUGAAAAGGAAAAUGCUCCUAUCAUGCACAAUCUUUUAAGUGAUGAUGAUACCGAGCUCGAGACUUUGGGUCAGGCUCUUUUUCGCGUGCACAACGAGUACUUCUACGAGAUUGAAAAGAACAACGGGGUUGAGCCUCGGGUUGAAAACAUAAUGGAUGGGAUGAGAGACCUUGUUUUCAAGGAGUACACCUUUUUGUUCUCUGGAAUUCUUCCCCUUGGAACAAACAUGGAUUCAGCCGACAUCGUGAUCUGGACUAGGUCUUUCGGUGCGACCGUGGUGUCUGACUAUGUGCCUUCGGUUACUCAUGUGAUAAGUAAGAACCCAGGCACCUUCAAGGUGAAGUUGGCCAAGUCACUGAACCCGAACGUGAAGAUAGUGAACCCGGACUGGAUCUUCAAGUGCAUUUCCCUGUGGGAGAAAGUGCCUGAGGAUGACUUCACACUUGAGUUCUCGCCAGAGGAUGUUUUACCCGAGGCACAACUGGCCAAGUACCGCAGCAGUUUUGGGAUGAGUGAGGGUGCGGUAGUUGCUGAUAUAGACUGGGACCAACUUAGUGAGGAAAUGAAGGAGUUUGUGGGAUCUGACUACGACUCGGAAGAAGACGAGAGUGGAUCUGAAGAUGACUCCAACGAAAAGAAGCGUUCGAGAGACGAAACAGAUGUUGGAGACUCCGUGAAGCGGGCUAGGCCUGAUGAAGAGGAGAGUGAUGAUGAGCUUGCCAAAGAGCUAAUGCUGGAGCUUGAGGAGGAUGAUGACUAA